AUGUCCUACCCUACUGUUCCUUGGAGAUCCUGCGCUGAUUGGAAACAAAUGCUUCAUGGUUUUUGGCCAGGCAAGCCAAAAUAUACUGAAUCCCUGUACCCUGAAUUGAAAGAUAAAGUUGUAAUUGUUACUGGUGGUAAUACUGGUGUCGGUUAUGAAACUGUCAAAUCUUUGGCUGGAUCAACCAAAUCCAGACUUUACAUCUUUUCCAGAAAUAAAGAAAAGACUUUGGAAGCCAUUAAGAAGAUUCAAUUGGAAAUAGCUAAAGAGUAUAAUGUCACCAAUAGAGAAAUAAAAUUUAUCCAAAUUGAUUUAAGUGAUUUAACUAGUAUAAAACCAGCUGUUGAAGAGUUCUUGAAGUUGGAAAACCGUUUGGAUAUCAUUAUCCAUAAUGCUGGUGUUAUGACUCCACCUGUUGGAUCCGAAACCAAACAAGGUUAUGAAUUACAAUGGGGUACUAAUGUUUUAGGUCCUCACUUACUACAAAGAUUGUUAGAUCCAUUAUUUAUUAAAACAAGUGAAACAAAUCCUGCAGGUUUGAGCAGAAUUGUCUGGGUUGCUUCUACUGCUUAUAUGGCUUGCCCACAAGGUGGUAUAUUUUGGGAGAAUAUUAAAUUUGACAACUUGAAGUUUUCCAAGAAUCUUCAAGUUACUCUUUAUGGUCAAAGUAAAGCUGGUAAUAUUAUUCAAGCAAGAACUUGGUCAAGAAAACAUGGUAACCCUAAUGUUAUUAGUUCAUCCAUUUGUCCUGGUUAUUUAGACACGGAAUUACAAAGACACUUAAAUCCAGUUGAAAGAGCAGUUUUAUCCUGGUUGUUAUCACCAAGAAGAUACGGUGCUUAUACUGAAUUGUAUGCUGCACUUUCUCCCGACGUUAAGGAUGGUACUCAUGCCAUCUCAUUUGGUAAUCCAGCUCACAUUAGAGAAGACUUGAAAUCUGAUGCUAUUGGUGAUAGGUUAUGGGCUUAUCUCGAUAAAGAAACAGAACCUUAUAUGUAA